AUGGCUUCUUCUCAGUCAUCGCCGAGCAAAAACAGAGGUCCGGUGCCGAAUCCUGUGCGAUCGUUUUGGACCUCGACUCCGGGUGAACUAGACGAUUUUCGGAGCACCCCAAACCUGCCAGAAUCCAGCGACGUGGUGAUAAUUGGCGCCGGAUUCGCCGGCGUCGCCACGGCCUACCACAUCCUCCAGGACAAUCCAGAGCCGCCGUCCAUUGUGAUCCUCGAGGCGCGCAAAGUAUGCGGCGGCGCAAGCGGGCGCAACGGCGGCCACGUCAAGCCCGACACGUACUUUAAUGUGCCCAAGUACACGCAAAUGUACGGCGCCGAGGCCGCGGCCGAGCUGGCGGCAUUCGAGGCCUCGCACGUGUACGCUGUCAAGGAUCUGGUGGAGCGCGAGAAUCUAGACUGCGAUUUCCAUCUCACCCGGGCCGUCGACGUCUAUCUCGACCCCGCGCACGCCCGGGACACGGAGGCGGCGUACCGGAAACUCGUCCGGGACGGCGUCGUGGAUAUGCGCGAUGUAGCUUUUACGCCGCGGAAAGAUGCCGAGAGAGUCUCGGGGGUCAAGGGUGCACAGUGCUGCUUUUCCUUUACAGCCGCUCACCUGUGGCCGCUCAAAAUGGUCCAACAACUUCUCCGCGGCUUGAUUGAGAAAAAGGGCGUCAAUGUGCAAGCCCACACACCAGUACAAUCCGUGCACAAGGCCAAGGACGCCAGCGGCAAUGAGACUCCGUCGUGGACCGUCCAGACGCCUCGCGGCGCCAUCACGACCCGCAAAGUCGUCUACGCCACCAACGGCUACACCGCGCAGGUCCUCCCGGAAUACUCUGGCCGCAUCGUCCCGGUCCGGGGCGUGUGCAGCCGCAUCGUCGGUCCGUCGGGGACCAAGACGCCGCACCUGGUCAACACGUACGGCAUCCGCUUCGACGCGCGCAACAAUGAUUACCUGAUCCCGCGGGCCGACGGCAGCAUCGUCGUGGGCGGGGCGCGACAGCGGUUCUGGCACGUGCGGGACAGCUGGUUUGAUAAUGUGCGCGACGACGAGCUCGUUGGCGACGCCGUGUCGUAUUUUGACGGCUACAUGCAGCGGCAUUUCCGGGGAUGGGAGGACAGCGGCGCCAAGACGGAUCAGGUCUGGACGGGAAUCAUGGGCUAUAGCUCCGACUUCAUGCCUCAUCUAGGGGAGGUGCCCGGCAAAGCAGGUCAGUACAUCAUCGCCGGCUUCUCGGGACACGGCAUGCCCGAGAUAUUGCUCUCCAGCAAGGGCGUUGCCGCCAUGAUUCGAGAUGAUGUUCCUUUUGAGAAAUCUGGGUUGCCACGUAUCUUUAAAACUUCCCGGGAAAGGAUCACCAAUAAGCAGAAUCCUCUUGAGGAAUCGUUGAAACCAUUGUGGGAGGGUGAAGCGAAAGCCAGACUCUAG